AUGGCGGACGCCCUGCCCUCUACACCACCACCUCGGUCUCCCGACCACCGUGAAUCCGAUAUUCACGACGACGAAUACGAGUCAACACAGCCGUUGUCGUUAUCCUCUCUAGGCGACGACGAAAACCAUUGCAAACUCAACCUCUCUGAUCUGGAUGGAAAUGUUGCCUGGAAGAACGACACCGACCCAAAGGAACAACACACAUCGGACUUGUGUAUCGAUCUACACGUAGAUACGACAAAGCUGCUAGCCAUAUUCAGACUGCAUGCCACUAUCCUUCUGCGCCCUCUGGAGAAGUGGACAACGCUUUACCUGCUUGUUCAUCCAGAAUGGAUCCAGUCGAUCGAGUUUAAGCCUUUUGGCGACAACUUCAUUUCCCUGCAUUUCACCAUGACGCAACCACCUACUCUCGUGGCGCCAAAGGCAAUGCAAGAGUCUCAUGAGCCGAGACCUCGGGAUCAAGGUCUUUUUGACAGCAUGAAGUCCCUAGCUACAUUGCGCCAGUUCACUGUUUACCUUCACCGCCUCGACCUCAUACCGGAGACUAUGGAACAGCUAGCUUUGCUCCCAUCGGUCUUCUCAUCCUCUCAUCCAUUUGGCCUAUUGCGGACGGACGAGAAGUUGGCAUCGUUCGACGUAUUGUUCCGCGGUGCGCCCGGUGAGGUUAUUGACUUGGGCAAGACUGCCCCUCCUGGCACCAAUCACAACCAGACUUUGGCAGAAAUGGCAGAGGAAACAGUUGCGGAAACGACAGGUGUCAUUCCUCCCCCAUAUCCCAACGAUGGCUCCUCUCAGAAUGCACCUGGGUACUCGGCCCCGAAUGACCGAAAGCGACGUAUAAGUGAAUCAUUGUCUCCUUGUACAACCGACAGGUACCACGGGGCGGGCGAACCUUCCACCUCGGGUGGCCUUCAAAGCCUGAAUCAAUUCUCAACCCCGACCGACCGAAAGCGUCGACGCACAAGCGAGCUCUUAUCUCGCUCUCCAACUGACAAGCACAUUCUCCUCGCAAUUCGUCGAGUGCUCGACCGCACCGCCAGCCUCGAUGUUCGGGUCAAACAGCUCGAGAAACUGAUAACCGAGUGUCUCAAUGCCGACAACACAUGCAGAUACGACAGCGAGCAGGAGGAGCAAAUUUACGGUCACAUAAACGCUACAGUCGACGAAAGAAUCGACGAGCAUAUGUGGGAUGUGCAACGCGAACUCGAGGGCGAGCUUUCAAGACAGACGGAGGAAUGGGUGGCCGAGACGGUUGAUUUGGCCCAAGAGGAGCUGCGGGAGGAGCUGCGGCACGAGAUCGAGGACCGGUGGGACAACGAUAUCACGGUGAAGAUGAAGAAGAUGGUCAAGGUGGAGGUGUUGAAGGACAUGGCGCAGGCAGUGAAGGUGAUGAAGAGGGCCCGGGCGUACAGGGAGGAUGUCAAGUCGACAACGAGGAGGAGGAUGUCCACCACUACAGCGAGUACCCAGAGCACGGCGGCGUCAACCAAGCCCAUCCUAACCAAGCCGAUCCCAACCAAGCCGAUCCCAACCAAGCCAAUACCCUCCACAACGCUAAACCAUUCUCUACCUGGCGCAAGCGCCUUUCAGGCUGCCAUUCAGGAUAUCCAGAGGCGGUACUCUGCAAAGAUGUCGGCAGAAGAAAUCAUGAGGGUUAUGGAUCAUUUGGAGGCGAAUCUCGUUGAAGCAGUCAAAUACAACGGGUGCGGUGCCGAGUUGAAGUGGUUGUAUGUGCAGAGAUGGGCAGCGAAGCAAGAAGAGUAG